AUGACUUUGGAAACAGAAAUGUCUCAGAAUGUAUAUCCUGGCAGUCUAUGGCUGCUUCAAUCCCUGGCACUUUUGCUGCAGCUGGGGCCUGCAGACGUACAAGCUGCAGUUCUCCCGAAGGCUGUGGUGAAACUUGAGCCCCCGUGGAUCAACGUGCUCCAGGAGGAUUUGGUGACUCUGACGUGCUGGGGGGCCCACGCCCCCGAGGACUACCGCACCCAGUGGUUCUACAAUGGGAACUCCCUUCCCACCCAGGCCCAGCCCAGCUACAGGUUCAAGGCCAUGCAAAAUGACAGCGGGGAGUACAGGUGCCAGACAGGCCAGACCAGCCUCAGCGACCCUGUGCAUUUGGACGUGUUUUCCGAUUGGCUGCUGCUCCAGACCCCUCACCUGGAGUUCCAGGAGGGGGAAAGCAUCACGCUGAGGUGCCACAGCCCUCUUCUAACCAAUGCCCUGGCUGAUCUUUAUUUUUUUUUGCCCACAGCCAAUUGUGCUAAUCUGAAAACGGCUGCCACUGUUAAGCCACUUCCAUGUCAAAUAAGUGACAUCAGGACCAGACAACUUGAGGGAACUAGUAAUGACUAUGAAACUGAUGAUGGGAUCGGAAAACCUGAGGGAACCAGCAACGACUAUGAAAUUGCUGACGCUGGCUACAUGACUCUGAAACAUGGUGCACCCACUGAUGAUAAUAACAUCUACCUGACUCUUCCUUAACAACAUCGACAUGGUUAACCACGAUAAGCCAAGAUUAAUGUUAUGCCAUGUGCCCACCCAAGGGAUCUUCACGGUUGCUUCUGCUUUCUCUCAGCUGAGAAUGCAAUCACCCAUUCACUUCUCAUGCACAAGAAGCAUCCAGAGAAAGAAACAGCACAAGUACAAGAACCUCAUUUAGUCUCCAUUGUCUUGCCCUGGGAUUUGGGAAGAGAAUCAGAGAGGCAAGGACAAGAGGAAGCUGCCGUUCCAAAGAGGACUCUUCCAUAGUAAUCUACUUAAGUUCUGCCUGAAGCUUCCUGUCCUGAAGCCACAGACAACAGGGUCCCAGAUGACUUAACUGCACCUUCUGUGCCUCAGCACUUCUUGACAUCGAGACUUCUAUUAUACAUCCACACACCUAAUAAAAUGAGUAAAAUUACUGCUAUUAAGAGAUUGUAACAACAUGGAAAAUGCUUAUUACAGGUUAUAUGAGAACAAUUAUGUUUUAUUUAAACUUUCUUUGGAUUUCAGUGGAGAUGAAGAGAACAGUUAUGUAAAUAUACAUGAUUUCAGAAAUGUUAGACUAACCUAUAUCAGCAAAUUAAAAAUGGGUACUCUAGAGUGAUGGAAUUAUCAGUGCUUUUUAUAUUUUCUUCUUCCACAAAAUCACAUAUUAAC